AAAAAUCUCAAAAAGAAGAAGAAGAAGAAGAGGCCUUGUUUGAUAACACCAAGAGGAGGGCGGAGGUUUUCACUCGUUUGCAUUCAGUCGCUCUUCGGGAAGUAGAAAGGAUUCAGGUCUACAGUUAUUGUUUUAAUAGAUCCAAGUGUUUGAACAUUUCUUUACCUCUGCAUCUGGUCCGCCCUCUGUGAGUGUCUUCAAGGGGAUGUCAGCUUCCUGCCUUGUGCGCCUGGCCAGGUGCAGUGGUUCUAAAGUCAGUUGUAGUGGUCUGUUACAGAAGGCUAUUGAUCAACUGCCCUUUCAGCUUGAUAGCAACAAAACAGAGUUCCCAUUCCUCUGCAGACAACUUUAUGGACCUUCUGGGAGGCGAUACAGCAACACACGCUUUGACACAGACAGUAGUGGCCACCUUACAACCUGGGAUUCCUUUGGCAUUUGGGAUGAUCGUAUUGAUGAGCCCAUCAUGCUCCCCCCGAGCAUUCGUUAUGGCAAACCCAUUCCCAAAGUUAGCUUAUCUAAGAUAGGGUGUGUUUCCCUAAUUGGUCAGCGCAAGGAGAAUGAGGACCGGUUCCAGGUCUCCCAAAUGUCUGACAACAUCCUGUACUUUGCUUUGUUUGAUGGGCACGGUGGAGCAGAAGCAGCUGACUUCUGUGAAAAAUACAUGGAGAAAUUCAUCAAGGACAUUCUGGCAGAAGAAGACAAUCUUGAAUUGGUUUUAACAAAAGCCUUCCUUGAAGUAGACAAAGCUUUUGCUAGGCACUUGCACUUCUGUCCAAACGGGCCAGGAAUUAACGCAGGAACCACCGCCACUGUGGCCCUGCUGAGGGACGGCAUCGAGCUGGUGGUCGCCAGCGUGGGGGACAGUCGCGCCAUGUUGUGCCGCAAAGGCAAGGCUCUUAAACUGACUGUUGACCACACCCCUGAAAGAAAGGACGAGAAAGACAGGAUAAAGAAAAGCGGGGGCUUCAUCACCUGGAAUAGUCUCGGACAGCCGAAUGUCAACGGCAGGUUGGCGAUGACUCGCAGCAUCGGAGACUUUGACCUGAAGAAGAUGGGAGUCAUUGCUGAGCCAGAGACCAAAAGAGUUACGCUGCAUCAUGUCCAUGACUCCUUCCUGGCUCUGACCACAGAUGGCAUCAACUUCAUCAUGAAUAGCCAGGAGAUCUGCAACGUCAUCAACCAGUGUCACGACCCCAAAGAGGCAGCUCAGAGAAUAUCUGACCAGGCUCUUCAUUACGGUACGGAGGACAACAGCACCAUCAUCGUGGUGCCGUUUGGUGCCUGGGGAAAACACAAGAGUUCAGACGUCAGUUUCUCCUUCAGCAGGAGCUUCGUGUCCAGUGGCCGCUGGGCGUAGUCUGCAGCCCCACAAUUAAAGAGGUGUUUUCUGCACACUUCACUAACGUGCAAUACAGGCUGUACCCCUGGAUAAACAUAGAGUGCACUUUGCCCACACGAUGAUACCUAAUAGGUUUAACAUGUUUAGAGCAGCUUGAUGUGCAGCUCCUGUGAAGAAUGGGGCUGUAAAUUCACGAUGUGCACUAGAUAAAAUAAUCCCUUGUUAUAUAAGGUUUUGUACACAAGUAAAGAAGCAACAUUGCGGUGCUAAAAACAAGGAAAUGUUUGAACGGCAGGUAGAAAGUCAUAAUGACAUGCAAGCUCGGAAAAAAUGUGGCCAAACCAAAUUAAUUUUUAUUUGUGAUUGAAACCAAUGGGAAGAAAAAGAUUUCCUCUUUAUUUUACUUAUUUUGGGGGUUUUAUCUUUUAUGUUUGGAGCACAUUUCAAGGUUAAACAACUUGUGGGAAAACUUUGAUACUUAAUAAUCAGUGGAAUAAAUUCCUAACUUACCAUUUUAACGCACGAAAUGACUGAUAAGAUAACGAUGAACCAUAUCCGUCAAUUAGCUUAGUGUCACAGACCUAAACAACUUGUUCCAGUCAUGUUAGCAUCUUUAUGCACAGAGCAGUUUCUCUACAACACGGCCUUCAACCUUUCAUUGACCACCUUCUAGAUCUUUAAGAUCUUUUUUUGUUUAAGAAAAGCCAAACUUCUAACUUCACCCAACUUUACUGUUAGUUUAAUUACAUUUGCAGCAGCUUAGGGAAAACGAAGGAAUAGUUAAUGGAGACUUGGAGCCAAGUAAUCAUAAGCAAAACAUUUUUGGUCUGAACAUCACCACCAGCCUGCUGUCUAUGUUCCUAGAAGGCUUUUAGAUACUGUAUCUGGACGCCAACUUCUCUGCAAUGAGUUGUGCUGCAUCAGUUAAAACCAACCACCAAAAAAAAUCCUUCUUAGGGGUUUUAUUGUCCGAAUCAGUUCCUAACUGGUUCUGUACAGUUAAGAACCGGGCCGGUUUUUCACAGAUGAUGUCCAGAAACGUCUCUCUCUUCCAGUUAAUGUUUUGAUGUAUCCUCAACUUCUGUAGAUGAUAAAUGUGCAGGAAGAUGGUUUAACUAAAGUUUAUCUGUUAUACUUUCUUUCAUUCAGAUGUCCUAAUAUCACCACGCAAAUUUAUAAAUGCAGUUUAAAGCAACAGUGUUUAUUCAAAAAAGAAGCCUUAAUGGUGCUGACCGGAUCUUCUGAUCAGACCCACAAACAUGCUUCAAUCACAUCUUCUUCUUCUUGAGGCCAGGCCAGGAUUUCAAAGGCCGUGCAUUUCUCUGUCCUACAUUAAGCUACAUUCACUGUGUGACUUCUGGUGUUGAAACUAAAAAGGAAGAUGAGAGAAAAUGUUCUGGUGUGUUUCCCUGCAGUCUGACUUUUUAUUGAGGUUCAAGUUCAGACAUUUUCUGUCUUUCAAAGAGUUGAUUCCAAGAGGGAAAACGGAACCGGUGCUGAACUAACACACUCCAGUUUAUCACCGGUUUGAAUAGUUGGACAAACUCCCAUUAAUUUCAGGUUCAAGUUCAUUACAGUUUCCUCCAGUCCAGCUUGAAUUCAAUCAACAUGAAGCCAUUUGAGGGACUCCUGGAUCUCUUCUCUUUCGCCUCCUGCCAGUAACACCUUGCAUCCUUAACACAGCAGGCAAGAAACCGGGCCACACGAAAGGCUUCGUGAAUUAGUCCCUGUGAUUUAUUUCAAUCCUCUCCUUUUUAAAUGUUCAUGCUCUGAGAGAACCAUGUCAGAGAGCUCUGGCCACUGCUUUAAAGUGAUGGUAAAUAUUCACAGAACAUGAUUUAGCUUCUUUCACCGUUAGGGAGUGAAAAUCAAAAACUUUGUUUUUAAAGGGUCCAAGCUUUCAAUUCUUAGAAAAGCAGCCCGACCUGUCCAAAAACAACUGCAAAACGGCACAAUUUGGUUAUUUGUAUAAAUAAAAAAGUCACCAGAGCAGCCCUGAAAGCAUCAUUUAGCACAAUCUUGGAGUUUUAGAAGAGAAGUUUGAUUUCGGUGUAAUAGCUGCACAUUUCUGAAGUGGUCAUGCAAGUUCAAAUGUUUGCAGCAGUUUGUGUUGCUGUUUGGGCUCAAAGGUCUGUUUAAGGUACAGGAAUGGAGACUGGAUGUGUUUGUAAAUAGUUAUAUUUAUGUACCUCUGUAAAAAAGAUCAUUAUAUAUAAAUAUAUAAUAUGUGUGUGUAAUAUUUAUCUUGGAUCCCACAUGUCUGAAUAUUUCACACUUGCAGGUAAUCACUAAGAACGCCAUCUCUGGUCCACAGAACGAAAAGCAUUUUUAAUGCAGCGCUACAGCGAAACAGUCACAGCGUAGAAGCAAGCUGUGUUUUGACCCUGGCCUCCUAGUGUGAGCUAAAACAUUUAGUCAGUAGAAGGCAGACUUAAACCAACAUAUAAAUGGGUUGUUUGUGUCUGUUGGCACUUUGUGAUCGAUCGCAUUGCUUCGUAUUUUAUCUGUGAGUGUUGCAGAGCUUGUAUGACCCUUUAUGUUAGCAGGGUGCCUGUGAACAUUUUUUGAUGGGGCUGUGAUGUAUUAUUAAAUAUGAUGUAUUGCUUUUCACAUAUCCUCCAGCCACAGCCUGUAGUAUGUUCUUCGGUGUUUUACUGUUUGGUUUUAAACACUGUGUGGAUCCUCCCACACCCACCUUCAUAACUGGGACCUAAAUGUGAUGCAUCGGCUAAACCGUUACUGUGACUGGUUUUCUGUUUUACCUUGUUUUUAUGUUUGCUCUGAUCUGCUCGUCAAUCAUAAAAUAAAUCAAAAUGCUUCUUGCUG